AUGAUUCAAUUUGCGCCGAAUGAGAUUUUGGCGAGAGCUCUGGGGAUUAUGUCGCAGUUCACUAUACCAGAAGAGAUCCUGUGGAACCCGAUAAUAACUGCUAGAAUCAGUCGCUAUCUCUCCAAAAAGGAUCGCCUAAACUGCCGGAGCUUAAUUCCAACAUGGGAUCGCCUAAUUCCUCGAAUUCUUGCAUUGUCUCCAUCCUCGUUGACAAGACAGGCAGAGCUGCUCGCUAUACUCCAAGAUGCACCAAAAGGACUCAGUAUCUUCCUUCGGGACUUUGCUACGAAACGGGGAAAAGACGUAAUUCAACUUCUCAUCAGUCUUUCGGGCCCCGCUGGUACUGGACUUGUGAAUGUAACGACUUUGGACAUCCUGAAACAACCCAUCAGUAUUGAACAAAUGAGUGACCUCAUUGCUAACUGCCCCAUGCCUCAAUUACGCGUUCUCUCCUUAUCUGUUACUGCAAGUACAACCAGAACGACUGUCACUGAAAGCCUAAAAUCAAACUUAAAUUUGGAAGAAGUUGACAUUCAAAUUCUUGGGGAGUUAUUACCAUCCGAAGUUCUGCUGCUGAUUCACAGCUUUGGUGAAGUACGCAAUAUUUCUUUGGACGACUCAUCACUCCGUCGAUACAUGAUUUCUCCCCCUCCCCCGCGCAGAGCGGAGGAAACUCAUCCAGCCUGGACAUCAUGGAGGACUAGCCUUCGGAUUCACCAUCAAUCUGAACUGCUUGAUCUGUUCCUGGGUGAAAAAAAGUAUGUCAUGCAAAUUCCAGAAUUGACACUAUUGGGACAGCCAGGCUAUUUUUUCCCAAGUCGAUACAUUUCCAAUUUCCCCAUUCUGCCCAGUAAUGUGAAAUAUGGUACACUCAAAAAUCCACCAUUGUACAUUCGGCAAGUAUGCAGAGCUUGUGCCAGACCUGUAGACAGAAGACGUUUGCCUCGCUUACAGUGUCCAUCAGCUGACCUGGUUCCAGACGGUGUAGCGACAGUGAACUUCGUUGCCUGCUCUCUCAUGUCUGUCGAAGACAACUGCAUCCUUCAUCCUCUCAACUUGCAUGAUCUGUACAUUCAUCUAAACCCUUACGGUAAAAUCUCACGCCUCACAUCACUGGAUGCCGAAUCUUCCUCCAUAGUUGCCAUCACCGAAGACGGAAGACAAGCACUAAUGAAAAGUGUGGUGGAAAACCUAAUACAGAGACACUGCUCAGAAAUUAGAAAACUUUCAAUUCGUUUGUGCGAAGCGAAAAGUGAUGAGAUUCUAACUCAGUAUGUCCGGAGACUUAUAUUUAUUACCAGAUAUUUCAUCUUUCCAAUAAUUGAGAUGUGCAGUUCACAAAUUUGCUCUCUAGAAGUGUCAGCUGAGAUCAUUUGGGCCUGUUGUACUGAUGUGCAAACCCGGUCUAGGCUUCUUCUUUUGAAGGACAAGUGCUUGAAUAUUCGAAAAGCGACGGUGGUUGCCAUUGAGGGCCCGGCUUGUGGACAAAAGCUCCGUGCAUCCGCGGCACAUAUUUCCAUGUAUUUGAGUCUGUUUCCCGCAUUAAAGGAAGUGCGAAUCAUGGCUGUGGAAAUCAUCCGUGAUAUGACUAUUCACCGACUUUUAGAUGGCUGCAAAAAUCUUCAGAGGCUUUACAUUUUCUGCCAUCAACUACGUCAGAUGGUGUACCUCCCGUUACCGCGUCACGAUGCUCUCGAGCUUCUCUUUCUAGAAUUAAAUGGUCUUUCUGGAGCUGAUUGUUGCGACAGACUAUUGAAUGGAACGCUCGCGCUACUUCUCUCAUUAAGAUAUAUUCUACUGAAGGUUGAGCAUAGCAAAUAUCCCAGGGUGAAGACCUUGAAAGAUUUCUUCGCUCACAGGACUAAACUGCAGUGGUUGGUUGUAGUCUUCAGCAAAUACGGCAAGGUACUUUUGUGUCAUGCGGAUGAGGACAGUACGGCAUCUCCAAACAUUAUCAGGGAUCCCACAUUCCACCUGGGAAAUCUGACCCACACCUACCCAGAGCUUUAUGACAUAUUUUGGAAGGAGUUUCCAAACUGCCUUAAAGCUACCCCUAGAAAUCCUAGUGUUCCUGUGAGAAAUCAGUCUCCGCCUGACCCAACGUGGGCUGAUUUCCUUAGACACGUGAUAUCCAUACUUGAUAAUGAGGACGUAAUUGAUCCGUAA